AUGGAACAACUUUAAGUUCUAAUUUAAGAAAAAUAUAAAGGAAGUCCUCUUUUGAUUGGAUUACAGGGAAUGUAAGGAGUUGGUAAAACAACUCUUGGAAUUCAAAUGAAAAAGUUAUUGUCAUAAUUAAAUAUUCAGUUUGAUAGUAUUAGCAUAGAUGAUUUUUAUCUGAGUUAUAUUGAUAGAGAAAAUUUAGAUAAAAGAAAGUAUAAAUAUAGAGGACCACCAGGUACUCAUGAUUAUCAAAUGAUAAUUAAAACACUUAGUUAAUUUAAGGAAGGUAAAAGUAUAGAGGUUCCAAUAUUUGAUAAAAGUUUGCAUAAUGGAUAAGGAGAUAGAGUAGGAUAGAAAACAAUAAAAUGCUAAGUUUUAUUAUUUGAGGGAUGGUUUGUUGGUUAUAAAAGCAAAUGUUUAUAUGAAUUUAAAUAAAAGGAAAAAUUAUUACAAUUAGAUGGAAAAGAUUAUGAUUAAGAUUUGGAAGUUUAUAUAAAUGAAUAAUUGAAACUUUAUGAACCUAUAUGGGAAUAGUUUGAUAUAUUAAUUCAAUUAAAACCAAAUCCAUUUGAAUUAAGUUUAAAAUGGAGAUUAGAGGCAGAAAAAGAGAUGAGAAUAAAAACUGGGAAUGGAAUGAGUGAUGAAUAGAUUGUUGAUUUUGUAACAUACUUUUGGAAUUGUUUACAUCCAUUAAUAUAUAAUGAUUUGAUUUGUGAUUUGGUUAUUGAAGUGAACAAAUAAAGAUAAUAUAAAGUUUUAUGA